CUGGGCUAGCCGCUGCUGCAACAAAAGCAAAACUGUUUGCUGAUCACGAAGAACGCGAAAUCCAAAGGCUCUCUGCAAAUAUCAUCAAUCACCAGCUGAGGAGGAUGGAGCUGAAGCUAAAACAGUUUGCGGAGAUCGAGACAUUGUUGAUGAAAGAAUGCGAACAAGUGGAGAAAACCCGUCAGAGAUUCGCUGCAGAACGAGCCCGUAUGCUCUCCACAAGAUUCGGAUCUAACAACAACAACAACACACCUCGACAGCAGCAGCAACAACUGACAACUUCUUCCUCUUUGCUGCCGAGCUUUCAUCAACAGAUUCAUCCCCAGAUGCAAUUCAUGGCCCGUCAACAACAACCGGCUUUCUCAUUUGGCCCGAGAUUUCCUCUCAACUCCUUACAGAACAGCUCGGCUUCUCCUAACCAGCCCUCGUUUACUCAUCCGAUGGUUAGAACUUCCACGGGCUCUAGCUCUGGCUUAAACUCAUAGACAAUAUCCUUUUUGUUUUGCCCUUUCUGGGUCAAAGCCUUUUGAGACCGUAGGCCAUAUGUAGAAACAUUAGUCAAGUGUUUUGUAUUUACUCAUUUGAUCCAUCACGAAAUCCCUUCUUGUGAAUUCUAGUGACCCCUUUUUUCUAUUACUCUUUAUCCAAAGCUUAUAAUAUUAAUUCAUAUCCAUAUUGCCA